CACUUAACCUCAGCCUUUAUUUCUUACCAGGUGCAGCAGUCAUGGCAAAGGCAGGACACCCCUGGAAAUGGGCAAUGGCUACCCUGAUCACAACCCUGGUUCUGGGGGUCUCAGAGCCUGUUCUUGCUGGGGAUGUUUCCUCUUGUGACAACCCCUCUGGAACCGAACCCUCUGGGACCAACAGAGACCUCAGCACGGAUUCCAAGUCUGGGGAGGACACCCGUUCAGAUAGCAGCUCUCGAAUUGUGAAUGGGUCAGACUGCCAAAAGGAUGCACAGCCAUGGCAGGGCGCCCUGCUUCUGGGGCCCAACAAGCUGUACUGUGGGGCUGUGCUGAUCAGCCCACAGUGGCUGCUCACAGCAGCACACUGCAGAAAGCCAGUGUUCAGAAUCCGUCUGGGCCACCAUUCCAUGUCACCUGUCUAUGAGUCUGGGCAGCAGAUGUUCCAGGGAAUCAAAUCCAUCCCCCACCCCGGUUACUCCCACCCUGGCCACUCCAAUGACCUCAUGCUCAUCAAAAUGAACAGAAAAAUCCAUGACUCUCACUCAGUGAAGCCCGUCGAAAUUGCUCGCGACUGUGCCGUCGAGGGGACCAGGUGCAUGGUGUCUGGCUGGGGGACAACGAGCAGCAGCCACAAUAACUUCCCGAAAGUCCUCCAGUGCCUGAAUAUUACUGUGCUCAGUGAGGAGAGGUGUAAAAACUCCUACCCAGGACAGAUAGACAAGACCAUGUUCUGCGCAGGUGAUGAAGAGGGCAGGGACUCCUGCCAGGGCGAUUCCGGAGGUCCUGUGGUCUGCAAUGGCAAGUUACAGGGCCUUGUGUCCUGGGGUGAUUUCCCCUGUGCUCAGCGCAACAGGCCAGGUGUCUACACCAACCUGUGUGAGUUCGUUAAGUGGAUUAAAGACACCAUGAACUCCAACUAAUGAGCCACACCAGGAACCAUGGAACCAGUGCCACCCAACGGCAAUGAGGAGCACUGUCCCUCUCUGAGAAUGCUGAAGAUAACGUCAGUCUCUCCAGAACUUGCUCUAUGUCUCUUGGCACCAAGAUCACCAUCCCCCGCAGUGGACUGACCCCCGUUUCUAUAGCCAGACCCUAGGAACACUUCCUGAAAUGUCUAAAUUGUGUUGAAACCCAUCACUACCUAUGGACCCAUCCAUAAACCCAGAGUUGAGCCUUUUCUUCAGCCGUCACCCAGAUUUAGACCCCAAAUAAAAAAUGGGAAGAACCCUG